AUGGACGUUCCUUUCCCUUUGUUCUUGAAAGUUAAGCAUUUGAAUCUUUCAGAAGAGGAGGAUAAACUUAUUGGAGAUGAAUACAUAGUAAAUGUGACUUUGAGGCAUAAAAUUAAAGAUAUAAAAAAUCUGGUUUGGAAAAAUUCAGAACACUUCGCCCUACGACCAUUAUUCUUGCACUUAGUCUAUGAAGAAAGAGAUCUAGAUGAUAAUGAGUGCCUUAGUGAUAUUCUACAAACAGCUCAAGUGAUCGGUGAAAGUUAUCAGAAUGUUGGACUCACUAUUGAUUAUACGUUAAUGCAUUCACCCUCAGUUCCACGGCGAGAUCCAGGAAUAGAAUUCUUUGAUUUGGUUGUACAGUGGUGGGAUGCAAGCGGAAAAUAUCAAGAAUCUACCUUCAGAGAAUCUUUGUACUCCUCAAUUGAUACAAUAAGAGACUACAUGAUAGAGAAAAGUGGAGGAUCACUCCAUAGUGGCAAUUUCAAAUUCCUCUUGACAUCAACAAAUGAAGUCAUUAAUGAUAACAGCCUCACACUUUCUCAGAUCCUCAAGAUAGAUGUUACACCAAUGAUACCAGUUAUUUUUAAAAUAGUUCCUGUACUGGGGAAUACUCAACGUUAUCUAAUCAAAAUUGAAUCACAUUUUCCAAGCUUACAGCAGGGAUCAAAUUUAUUUGAAAUUAAUCUGCGUACAACAGUCAAGGAGUUUAAAGAUCAGAUAAUAUACAGAAUGGAUCACAAUUCUGUUGCAAGAACGUUUUACGAUCAGAUUAGCUUGUAUUAUAAUACUCACUUAAUUGUGAGUCCAUAUGAGAAUGAUGCUUCUUGUCUAUAUGAUAUCCUAUCCUCGGAAAGAGAACGCUUACAGCCUGGAGAAGUUAUUUCAAUAAAUUUGGAAGUCUCUGAGAAUUUAAAUGGAUCAGGAGGUGUUUUGAGCAGGGAUUUUUGGAGAGACUUGAGGGCUCCUGGAAGGUUUGAGUUCUUACCUGCUGAAGGAAGUAAUAUUAAUACACAGACUUCAAGGCAAGGGAAUAGGCAAAGUCCUAGAAAGUUCUCUCCUUAUGAGCCCACUAGAAUAGUUCUUGCGGAUGGCAAUGAAUGGAAUUUGACUGGUGAGUCCUUUGACAGGAUACACUCAACAGGAGGCAACUCAAAGGACUUGUUGGUUUCGCAGCAUGAUAUUUCACCUAUUAUAUACGAUAUAAAAUUGAAUCUUGAGAACGAAACGCAAAGUGCCUCACUAAGCAGCUCACAAUGUUUUAUAGUGGACAACAGUAUGCAUCAACCAUAUUUACUCUUGAGCCCCUCAGGUGCAGCAAGGUUAAAUAAUACAUUCCAAGGCUCCGACAAAAGAUCAUUGAUGCAGCAAGUGAAAGUGUUGAUUCAUAAUGAUGGUCAAAAUGCGAUUGAUAAUACUCAGCAUCCUCAAUCCAACGAGGGCCUGGGAGGUAAUGCUGACGCGGCCGGUUUUAUUACUAACAUUUCUGUAUCAAUUAUUCGAGGGAUGAUAAGUUUUCUUAGUAGGAACCUCCAUGUCAUUAUUCCUAAUAUGUUCAAGGUUGUUUUUUUCGUAUAUGUCUUUGGUCUUAAUCAAAUACUUUUCAAAUUUUGGAAGCAAAAUAUUGUCAUAGUUUUGCUUUUAGGUGUUUUAUAUGUCUUGUUUUAUUCAAAUAGUUUCAUAUUGGACUGGAUAGAGGAAAGGAUAUGGCCAGAAAAUGAAGAUAUUGGCACAGUAUCAAGGACUGUUAAUAUCUUGUUAAGAACUACGUCUAGUACCUUGCGCUUCACUCAAAGCCUUCGAAUAAGACUCGCUGAUAAUGUCAUUGAAGCAUUGACGAAUCGGUUGAUCAAGCAUUCAGUAUCAAGGACAAGAGAUUAUGAAUAUUUAAUCAAAAAGAGAAGAUGGACAUUCACGGUUACAGAUAAUUUAAUUAAUCUUUGGAAGGACAUAAUUAUUCAAAUCUUGACUCUCUUUCCAUCAUUACAUUCAGAAAUUAAAAACAAGUUGAACGAGGAGAAGGACAUCGAGAUGAAUGAGUUAGAAAACCUUGUAAACCAUUUGGAGGAUAGAAUGCAUGAACAUUUAAUAAGAUAUAAUUCGAAACAUUCAACUGAUUUUCAGGUUACUUACCAUUCUAGCUACCGAGCUACGAAGGAAGAAUUAAAUUAUCUUGAUCGAAAUCUAGAUGAAGAUCUGGGUCAAGAUUUCGAUCCUCAUGUUAUGGAAAAACGUUAUCGGUUGUUAAUCUAUUGUUCCCGAAUAUUAGAGUCUGAUUUCGCCGACUUCGUGAAAGGCUUCGAAAGCGACUCUCGGGAAGACCAUUCCGCUAUUUCGGAGGAACUUCCCAUAGAAGAGAGGGAUCACCAGCUUGAUCAACAUCUGCUGGGUUUGGCAACCGGGAUACAAUUGCACGAGUAA